AUGUAUGGAAGAGAGCGUAGGGUCCUCGAGGCCCUUUUGUAUGCCAUUCCUUUCCUUCUUGCCCAGAAUUUAGUGCCUGCCAUUGUGGUCCUGAGGACGGAAGAGAACUCAGUCCCCAGGUACUUGUGGAUUUUCUGCUUUUUUACGGUGAUCAUCCAGGGCUUCAAUCUUGUCUUGAUCAACCCGCUGGACAAGAACGAACUUCUUGAGACAAAGAUUAUCCAUCCGAGAGAUGAUUUCCCGCGAAAGACAUACAAAGUUGCUCGUCUGUUUACGUAUUUGCGGGGCGUGCGAACACCAUGGCAGGUGAAAGGGGUCCCAUCGCACCCGGCAUACCUCGCACGACAGCCGAAAGCCCCAAUCUCUCGCACUGCAUUCUUGAUAAGACAGGCUGCUAUCGUGGCGUGGCUGUACUUAUACCUGAAUUGCGCAAACUAUCUAGCUGAUGGAAACUUAUCACCACUGUCAAAGCCCAUUUGUGGCCUAGGAUACCUCCGCGUUUCCAUGGAGGAAUGGCGAACUCGAAUUAUGAUCUCGCAGAUGUUCUGGUUUGCGUUCUUGCGGGCAGCUGUGGAUAUUGACUAUCGCACCGCGUCUAUUCUGAGUGUUGGCAUAGGCCUAGACGCUCCGGAGGACUGGCCACCGCUGUUUGGUCGUGCAAAACAAGCCUACACUCUCCGUAAUUUCUGGGGUACAUAUUGGCACCAGAUGUUCCGAUGGCCGUUCACCGCGACAAGCAACUACCUGGCCCGGGAGCUUAUGGCUCUCCCUAGGCCGUCGUUGCUCGAACGAUAUACCAACAUCUUCUUUGUCUUUCUCGUUUCAGGCGUGAUGCAUGUCAUGUCCGACCUAUUCAUGGGCAUUUCUAUGAGCCAGUCGACUUCUCUUGUCUUUUUCUGCUCCAUGGCUGACAGCCAUCGUCCUGGAAGAGCAUCCACCGUCGACAGUGAUGGAUGUGCUGUGCCUUGCUGGCGUAAGCUUGUGGGGUUCAUCUGGGUGUGUAUCUGGCUUACCCUCACGACUCCGGUCUGGCUGUACUCUUUGCAGACGAUAAAAGAAAAGAGUUCGUUUCUUGUCAAUAUUCCGGAGCUUGUUGGUGCACGCACAGCUAUUGCGAUGACUGUUGGCGGAGGUCUUUUGGUGAAAUGUAUUUUUCGCGGAGAGCUUUAG